AAUAAAAGAAAUUAGAAAAAGCUGAGGAACCACAGUGACAGAGAUAAAUAAAGACGUGUCUGUAAAGAAAGAGAGCCAGGCAGAUAGUGUGCUUCUUUCUUUCUUUCGAGGAAUAGAAUGGAAAAAGGUGAGCCACAAUGGGAGCCACAGGUGGAGGGGAAAGAGGAAGAGGAAGAGGAAGAGGAAGAGAUAGAAACAGUGGAAGUGGCUUUGCGAGGAAGAAGGAAUCGAAAUCGCGACAAUGACGCUAUUUCUACUACUACUACUACUGCUACUACUGCUACUACUACUACAGUUACUGUUACUGUUAGUAAUGGCAAGACCUCAGAGUCUUUCAAUGGAGAUAGAUCUAUAAUCCAAGAACAACAAUUUAAAGAGGAAGACCUUCAAUUUAUUAAUGAAUUUGAUGUCCAGAAAGGAAUUGAAAAAGAAGAUGGACAACAAAUUUCAGAAAGGAACGUUUACUAUGACCAACAUCAAGGAAUAUGGAAAUGUCAAAACUGCUGUUGGACCUACCAAAGUGAAAGUCCUUGGAUUGACCAUACUCAGAACCAUAUAUCGCUUUUGCAUAUGUCGAUGAACGUCAAAACUGUAAAUCAACAAGGACCAUGUUUCGUUUGUGAAACUGAAGAUGCUGAGCCCAUCCAUGGAUCUUUUGUAACGGAACAUACACUUGGAUUUUCUGGAACAGAAGAUAGUAGUGUUCAAUGUUCUGCUUCUGAGAGAAAUCCUAGAGAUGACGGAGUAGAUGUCACAGUAAAGAAUCUUAACGUUCAAAGGAGUCUUAGUAAUGUAACUGACCAUCAAUACGAGCAAAAUCUGAAGGACAAUGGCUUGUCUGGUUUCAGUCACCUGCCUACUGAAAAUUUGUCUGAAGAACAUAAUAAGAGUUCUAAUUCUUUCAACAACAAUAUUAUAGAUCUUGCAGAUAUUAACCUUGUAAAAGAGAGUCACCAGGAAAUAACAGAAUUAGAUAUUGAGAGUGUGUUAGAGAAGCAGGAUACACAUGAUUUGUACUGCCCUAAUUGUAAUUCUUGUAUUACCAGAAGGGUUAUUCUUCGCAAAAGAAAACACAAAAUUCGAAAUCCCGGCGUAGAUGCAAAGCGUAACAAAUUGAAUAAACUGGUUCACUCUGAGUUGGAUUCUAUUUCUGCACAUGCAACAAAUGAUCAAGGUCAUGAUGCAGUUGACAUGCCUCUGGAUGAUAGCACAACACCUGCAGCCAUUGACUACAAUCGUCAGAGGGAACCAGAAAUAUUCAGAUGCUUAUCCUGCUUCAGCUUUUUCAUUCCAACAACAGGAAAUAGUUUUAAAAGUGAGAAGGAGAACACACAAAACCUUGAAGAGGCACCGGUAAUGAACAAAAAUUGGUUUUUCUCUAUUUUCUCAUCAUAUAAGGGGGAAACAUCAUCUGAACAAGGAAGUGGUCGGAGGGAAGAUGUGGAAAAUGAUAAUGUUGGAACCCUGAUUCCAUCAUUUAACUUGAAUAUUCAGUAUGGUCAAGUCUCAUCAGUACAAGAGGAACCAUCACCUUCUCAAUUGCCUGGUGUUGGAGGACUUGUAAAUGGUAGUACAACUAAACCUCAGGAAGGUAGAUAUGAUGUGCUGCCUACUUCAGCACAAGGUCCUGAACUGCUUGGAAAAGUGACAGUCGAUGUAGGAGAGAAAAUAGAUGAAAAAAUGAAAAAAGGCACAGGAGGGGCUGCACUAGAUCAUUCUGAAGUAGAUAAUAGUGAUCAGUUGAGGUCAUCGAGCACUUCCAAUGGAAUGCUACUCAAUCGUGAACAUGAUCGUCCAGCAACACAACUUACCAGCGGAACUCCGGUUAAUAUUGGGGAACCUGCAGAAAAUGUUACUUUGAUACCUCAACAAGAUGGACUAAAGCUUUUAAUUCCUUCAGAUGCCGGGGCUUUAAUUUAUGAGGAAUCAAAGACAGACCAGAAACUCAAUGAGGCUAUAGAAGAGAAAACUGAAGAUGGAGGCAACCACUUUGAACUUUCUCAACAUACCAUCACUGAAACGAAAGUGUUCAUUCAUACAGAGGAACCCUUGAAGGCUGAUAGCGAUGCCCUUAUUCCGCCAGUACAGGAUUCAUUACUUCAAGAGACCCAAAUCAAUGUUGGUAAAGAUUCAAAGGAUAUGCAUGCGGAAAGUAAUGCGGAUGGAUCAUAUCGCAUUGAACUUUCUCAACAUACCAUCACUGGAACCAAAUUGGUCAUUCAUACAGAGGAACCCUUGAAAGCUGAUAGGGAUGUCCUUAUUCCACAAGUACAGGAUUCAUUACACCAAGAGAAGCAAAUCAACAUUGGUAAAGAUUCGAAGGAUAUGCGUGCUGAAAGAAAUGCGGACAAUGAUACAAUAAUACAAGUAGAAGAGCCAGUCGAACCAGCAGCUUCUCAAAUGGCCCAAACUAUUAUCACUUCAGCAGAAACAGGGACUAUGCCAAGUAUUGAGACUCAAAUUCGUGUGGGCGAUCAAAAGGGCAUUGAAGCUAGAGAAGUUUAUGGAUUGGAUAUAAUAAAAAGCAUUGUAUAUGGUGGCUUGAUUGAAUCAAUUACAAGCCUAGGUGUUGUGUCCUCUGCAGCUGGUGCUGAUGCUUCCACAUUGAAUGUUUUGGCUUUGGGAUUGGCUAAUCUGAUUGGUGGUCUUUUCCUCAUUGGUCAUAAUCUUUGGGAUAUGAAAAAUGACAGUUCUGAGAGCGCCUCCAAUCAAGCAACUAACCAAGUAAAUCGGUACCAAGAACUACUAGGCCGCAGAGAGAAUUUUUUCCUUCAUGCAACUGUUGCUGUGUUAUCGUUCCUCGUUUUUGGCAUAUUGCCUCCUGUCGUCUUUGGCUUCUCGUUUCGAGAGAGUGACAACAGUGAUUACAAGCUUCUGGCAGUUGCAGCAGCUUCUCUUUUAUGCAUCAUUAUACUUGCAAUUGGAAAGGCGUACAUUCAGAGGCCAGCCAAGUCUUAUAUUAAAACGGUGUUGUACUAUGUUAUCAUGGGAUUUAUGGCCUCGGGUGUUUCUUAUGUGGUAGGGACUCUGAUCAAGGAACUCCUCGAAAAGCUCGGUUUGUUCCAGUCAAGUUUGGACGUUGCCAUUCCCCUACUUGAGAAGGCACCAAUGGAGCCAGCAUGGAGAUCAUCCUAUUGAUGUCACAAAUUACAACAAAUGCAGAGUUUUUAAGAGACUUGAUCGUAGCAGAGCGGCAUAGCUGAAAGUAGAUGAAAAAGAGCUCCUUGGGUCAAGUAUUUUUGUAUUUCAUGAAUGACAAGAAAACCCAUUGAAAUUUGACCAGCAACAUUUCUGCUGGUUUCCUAAUAAAAAGUUGGGUUUAUUUAAAUAA